GGGACGGGUUUAGAAGAGCUGGUAGGAACCGGCUAGGGGCUGGGUGGCUCCAGACCACUCCUUUAGUGGGGACAAAGGAGCUGGGGUUAUACUCUCAGGGUCUGGACAUCACCUACCCAGGCUGGGGCUGCAGGAGCAGGCGAGGACCCAGGGCCCCUGGAAGAAUUGGUCCAGGGGACUGAAUUCCUGGCGUGUCCCCAGAGCAGAGCAUGACCACACUCCUGCCAUUGCUGCUGGGCCUCAGCCUGGGCUCCAUCGUAGCAGGUGGCUUUAUAGCCCAUGUGGAAAGCACCUGUCUGUUGGAUGAUGAUGGGACUCCAAAGGAUUUCACAUAUUGUGUCUCCUUCAACAAGGAUUUGCUGACGUGCUGGGAUCCAGAGGAGGCCAAAAUGGCCCCUUGUGAAUUUGGCGCACUGAAUGUUUUGGCCAAGUACCUCUCAGAAUACCUCAACCAACAGGAAUCCCUGCUCCAGCGCUUGUCUAAUGGGCUUCAGGACUGUGCCACACAUACCCAGUCUUUCUGGGGAUCACUGACCCACCGGACACGGCCACCAACUGUGCAAGUAGCCAAAACCACUCCUUUUAACACGAAGGAGCGUGUGAUGCUGGCCUGCUACGUGUGGGGCUUCUAUCCAGCUGAUGUGACCAUCUCGUGGAGGAAGAACGGGCAGCCUGUCCCUCCUCACAGUAGUGCCCCUAAGAUGGCCCAGCCCAAUGGAGACUGGACAUAUCAGACCGUCUCCUAUUUAGCUAUAACCCCCUCUUAUGGGGACACUUACACCUGUGUGGUGGAGCACAUCGGGGCUCCUGAGCCCGUCUCUGAGGACUGGACACAUGGGCUGUCCCCGAUGCAGAUAGUGAAGGUUUCUGUGUCUGCAGUGACUCUGGGCCUGGGCUUCAUCAUUUUCUCUCUUGGUUUGCUCAGCUGGCGGAGAGCUGGCUCGUCUGGCUACAUUUUUCUCCCUGGGGACAGUUAUCCAGAAGGUCAACACGUCAGUUAGAGGUGGAGUCCUACACCUUCUACCUCAAGUGUGAAGAUUCAAACUCUUAGUGAUGCUGCUGUGUUCCCCCACCAUCCUCAGACCCUACAAAUUUUCUUGCAUCCUAUGGUUUCUCCAUCCAGAUCUUUGAACUUCCCAGCCGACCCCAUGUACACCUUAGCAAGUUGGGGGAACUCAUUCCUGGGAAUAUUCUGUAAUCAAGUUGUUGUCCAAGGCUAUAUUUCUGGGUCAAAUAUCAUCUGGGGAGGGAGGUUAAAGGCCUUUCUGGAGGCCACACUGUGCCACAGGGGCCAGUGAGUUGCUGGCGGUCAUCUCUGAGGAAUAAACUCUG